CACCCGAUGUGGCGUCUAAUGUACAUGACAGGCCGGAAUGGUGAAUGACGUCAAAGACCUGCGACAGUUUUUACCUCGUGAGACAUUUUUUAACUGUUAGCUGGCGCUUGCCUGGACCGUGAAUAAUCACGAAAAGUACCUAUCAUAUUUUGCCAUAUCCAGGGUAAUAUUUAAGAAAGUCAGGACUCUGAGGAAAGCUUCUCUUCUCGAUCAUGCCCAAUGAACCCGAUCAUCCUCCGGCUAAAAAAUUUAAGCCGGCGUCUGUUUUAUUCCGCCUCGACAAGCAGAAAGCUGGUAUGUUGCUGCCCGGGAAACCAAAAACAACGACGAUUGAUGACCAAAGAAGACAGCUUCCUAUUUAUCAAGCCCGAAAUCAGCUUUUACACCACCUGCGACAGCUUCACAACGCUAUUCUCAUAGGGGAAACAGGCUCAGGAAAAACCACCCAAAUCCCUCAAUAUCUGUAUGAGGCAGGGAUUGGACGCCAGGGCCUCGUUGCAGUCACUCAGCCCCGCCGAGUGGCUGCUAUCUCGCUGGCAGGAAGAGUGGCAGAGGAGAAGAGGACACAUCUUGGCAAGCUGGUGGGGUACUCCGUGCGUUUUGAGGAUGUCACCUCCUCUGAGACCAAGUUGAAGUUUAUGACCGAUGGUAUGCUUCUACGUGAGGCCAUUAGUGACCCCUUACUGCUGCACUACACAGUAGUAAUCCUAGAUGAAGCUCAUGAGCGCACCGUGCACACAGAUGUGCUGUUUGGAGUGGUUAAAACAGCUCAGCGCAGGCGCAAAGAACUUAAUAAGAUUCCUCUGAAGGUCAUUGUGAUGUCAGCUACAAUGGAUGUGGACCUGUUCUCUGAAUACUUCAACAGGUCACCUGUACUGUACUUGGAAGGCAGACAACAUCCCAUUCAAAUCUAUUACACCAAGCGGCCUCAAUCCGACUAUCUCCAAGCUGCUCUCGUCUCUGUGUUCCAGAUACACCAGGAAGCUCCUCCCUCACAUGAUAUCUUGGUCUUCAUGACGGGUCAGGAGGAGAUUGAAGCUCUAGCAAGGACAUGUCGAGACAUUGCCAAGCAUCUGCCAGACAAUUGUGGAUCUAUGCUAGUUGUCCCUUUGUACGCAUCCUUACCUCCCACCCAGCAGCUCAGAGUCUUUCGGGACGCUCCAAAGGGUUGCAGGAAGGUUAUCUUGUCAACUAACAUAGCAGAGACCUCCGUUACAAUAUCCGGGGUCAAAUAUGUCAUCGACACAGGGAUGGUAAAGGCCAAACGUUUCAAUCCUGACAGUGGCUUGGAGGUUCUGGCAGUUCAGCAAGUUUCGAAAGCGCAGGCAUGGCAGCGAGCAGGUCGUUCUGGCAGGAAGGAGUCUGGAUUUUGCUACCGUCUCUACACUGAGCAGGAGUUCGACAAGUUUAUCCCUAUGACUGUGCCUGAAAUUCAGAGGUGUAACUUAGCCAGUGUUAUGCUACAGCUCAUGGCUUUAGGGAUUCAAGAUGUCAUGAAUUUUGACUUCAUGUCAAAGCCCUCUGCAGAGGCCUUGCGCUCAGCUGUGGAGCAUUUAGAGCUGCUGGGGGCUGUGGAAAGAAACCAUGAACACGUUGUCCUCACUGGUUUGGGAAAGAAGAUGUCACGAUUCCCUCUGGAGCCAAGAUAUGCCAAGACAAUCCUGCUGUCCUCCAACUACUCGUGCUCUGAGGAAAUGUUAAGCAUGGUGUCUCUGCUAUCGGUAGACACCGUGCUCUACAACCCUCCAGCACGGCGAGAAGAAGUUCUCGCCAUUCGCAAGAAGUUCAUGUCCAGCGAAGGAGAUCACAUGACGCUCCUCAAUAUCUACAGAGCGUUCCAAAAAGUCAAUGGAAAUAAAGAGUGGUGUCGAGAAAACUUUGUCAAUAGCAGGAACAUGAGUCUGGUGAAAGAGGUCCGAGCUCAACUCAGAGAAAUCUGCCUUAAGCUGAAUUUAAAGUUGGAGUCAUGCGGUGCCGACACAGGAAAGAUCCGACAGUGCAUUGCUCAUGGGAUGUUCAUCAACGCUGCAGAGCUUCAGCCUGAUGGCAGUUAUUUAGCACUGGACACUCGCCAACCAGUAGCCAUCCACCCUUCUUCUGUCCUUUUUCAGGCUAAGCCAGCAUACGUGGUGUUCAAUGAACUGCUGCACACCUCACGCUGCUACAUGAGAGACUUAUGUCUUGUCGAUGCUGAUUGGCUGCUGCAUGCAGCCCCCCAGUACUUUGGCCGGAAACUGCAUCCCAGCAAAAGCUGAGCACCUGAGAUUGUAGUAUGUCAGGUAUCUGCAUGUCAAUGAGAUAUGAUAGUAAUAGACUACACUACCUCCCGCUUUUACGUGUCACAGUAACGCGAUUCAAAUUUCAUCUUGCUAAAUAAUAAUAUUUAGCAGUUAUUGCAUUGUUUGUCGUCUGACUGAAACAAAUAUUUUUAUUUUUUGCCAUCAACCUUAAAAUUACUUUUGACAAAAAGUUGUCAAGCUCCCAAAUAAUGUGGAUUAUUUCAAAGCAUUCAAAGGUUUUGUAAGACCAUGGACGUUCACAAACUCAUUAUAAUUGAUGGUAUUUUAUUAGGUUUUAGUUGACAUACCAGGAUGAAGUUAAAUUUCAUACAAUCUUUCAACUUUUGUUCCAUGUUUCACUACUUCUUUUUUUUUACAUAAAAUCAUAAAGAAUGUAUUUAUGUCACUCUUCUCUGCUGAUUACACUCUAAUUUCAGUGGCCCCUUCCCUCUGACAACUUCCUGUUUGACAGCUGGGACGGUUGUAUUGAAUAAUUGUUGUGAACUAUGAUGAGGAGAAUGCUUAAAUAAUAACUAACAUGUGUUGACCGUACACCUUUGUCAAUAUUACUGUUGUAGUGAAACAUUCAACAUUUAGUGAAGGUCAAAUCAAGGUCCUCUGUAAAGGUUUUAUUUAUUAACUUCAUCCUGAAAUGUUGAAUCUAUUCCAAUAUCAUAAGUUUUAUGAGUACUGCAUGUCAAGCAGACAUGAUCCUUUUCUAAUUAUCUAUUGUGUUAUAAUAAUCUAUAUCAGUUUACACUUUUCUAUACAGUGAGAAACAUGCAUGCAUUAUCUACGUUUUGAUAUUGCCUUCAUUUACUGUUUAUGAACACGUGUAUGCAAUGCAUGUCGACUAUCAGUAAUGAUGUGACUACUCAGGUCUUUCGCACUUUGUAAACUAUAAAUCACAGACUAUGGAAGAUACGGAAGCAUCUUUUGUACACGACUCAGGAUUGUGCAGUACAGUAUGUAACCACCUUUUUUCUUACAUAUGAAAACCAAAUAUGAUUGGCUUGUCUUUCAUUAAAGUGUUGCAUAUGAAUUAGUUUUUUUUCAAAUCCAACAAAUUGUACUUUGCACAGUAACUGAGAAUUUUCUUUACUGAGCCAACAUGUCAAAAUGCAAGGACAUAAUGCAAUUCGAUACACGCUACCAUAUGUAAAAAAUAAAUGUACAUUACAGUAAUGAUGACAACAUUUACAGUAAAGUACAUUUACAAUGACGUAAAUGUUAUCUACAGUAAUUUAAGUUCAAGUUAAAGUGCCAAUGAUUGUCACACACACACCAGGUGUGGCGAAAUUAUUCUCUGCAUUUGACCCAUCACCCUUGAUCACCCCCAGGGAGGUGAGGGGAGCAGGGGGCAGCAGCGGUGGCCACGCCUGGGAAUCAUUUUGGUGAUUUAACCCCCAAUUCCAACCCUUGAUGCUGAGUGCCAAGCAGGGAGGUAAUGGGUCCCAUUUUUAAAGUCUUUGGUAAUGAAAAAGUUGUGUAAUACAUCACACCAUGUCAAAAUUCAAAAAUAAAUGUACAAUACAUCCAUCCAUCCAUCCUUUUUCUACCGCUUGUCCCUUUCGGGGUUGCGGGGGGUCGCUGGAGCCUAUCUCAGCUGCAUUCGGGCGGAAGGCAGUGUACACUCUGGACAAGUCACCACCUCAUCGCAGGGCCAACACAGAUAGACAACAUUCACACUCACAUUCACACACUAGGGCCAAUGUUAGUGUUGCCAAUCAACCUAUCCCCAGGUGCAUGUCUUUGGAGGUGGGAGGAAGCCGGAGUCAGUAAUGUUUAAUACAUCACAACAUUUACAGUAAUGUUUAAUACAUCGCAACAUAUGUAAAAAAAUAAAUGUACAUUACAGAAAUUAUGCUUAUCACAUUACAACAUUUAAUACAUCCCAAAAAAUGUGAAAUGAUUUUACAUUACUUUAAUGUUUACCAUCACAUUUACUGUAAUGGUGUUUAAUACAUCACAACGAAUUUCAAAAAUAAAUACACAUUACAGUAAUGAUGUUUAAUACAUCACAACAUUUACAGCAAUGUUUGAUACAUCACAACAUAUGUCAAAAUAAAUAUGUACUACAUUAAUAUUGUUUAUUAGUUCACAACAUACAGUUUGUCAAAAAUGCGUACAAUAAUGCUGUAAGGAACAUACAGGUUUUGGAGCAAUAUAUGUUGCCAUCCAAGCAACGUCUUUUUCAUUGACGCCCCUGCUUAUUUCAGCAAGACAAUGCCAAGCCACAUUCUGCACCGUUACAACAGCGUGGCUUCGUAGUAAAAGAAUGCGGGUACUACACUGGCCUGCCUGUAGUCCAGCCCUGUCUUUUUACACGUGACUUUUGCGACACGUAUGCCAUGUACGAUUUGAGAGUGCACAUCCAGAUUUGUGAGCGUGUAAUACAACUAGUUUGCGCGCAUUCAGAAGUGCGUGCGUGUAAUGCAAUCUGCGUGUGGGUAUUUGAGGUGUGCCUACAUUUAACCAACCACGGAAGACACCACACAAAUUAAAUCGAUCAGAAACAACGUACAGCUGAUGUGAAAGAGAGACGCCAAGACCCGCCUUACGUUGUUUCUGAUUGGUUUAUAUUGCGUGAUGUGUUACUUUUUGGCACUGUUUUAGAAUUACACAACAGAGACUGAAUACAUCUAAAUGGCUGAAAGUGGACGAGCAAGAAAGUACUAGUCAUCUUUACUAAGCAUGAGAUGGCCCAAACACAUAAGGACAGUAUUGCAUGAAAAAGCUAGCAGGCAACUUGCAAACAAGGAAAUGUUGCACAGAUGGUAGCAGUGUAAACCAACUUCCACACAUCUGAAAACAGGGGAGGUUCUGGUGGAAAAAAACUUUCAAAUAUAUAUUGUCUGUACACAAACUCUUUGAUGCAAAAUGUUUGCACUUGCAAGAUUUUUUUGCUUACAACUUGUUGUUAUUGUAUUAGAAUUACACAGCAAUUACUGAAUAAUUCGAAAUGGUUGACAAGCAAAAUUGUUAGUUUCCUGUUAUGACUGUAAUGUUAAUUGAAGGCAUUUAGACCACAGGUGUCAGAUUCAAGGCCCACAGGCCACAUCUGGCCAGUAGGGAUGGGUGAUAUAUACUAUCACAAUAACCUGCCAUUCAUGGUGAAAACGAUUUUUGACAGAACAGAUGAUGUUGCUGGAUUAAUAAUAUUCUUGAGUCAUGUUUAUGCCCAAGAGCUCAUAUUUGGAUGGGAGUCAUUCAGGUGGUAUACUUCAGACUGGUGUCUUCUUAAUAUGACAACAUAUAAGCUCAUCCUGUGUACUUGACCUUCAUCAGAAGGAUCUCACCAGGUAAAAUCUUACAUUGACUUUCAUUUGUAAUUCUUCCAUUUUCUAAUGAUGGUGUCUUAUUUGCCAAACUUCUUGUUGAAGAGACAUACCUGUAUAUCUAUAUGACUUCUUAUGUUUGAACAUGGUGUUUGUUAUGGACAAUCUGUGAUGAGCACAAAAGUCCAAUAACAAAACACCACUCGGGUUCAGAUACAGCCGGCCACUCUUCCCAAUCACGCCUCUCCAGGUUUCAUUGUCGUUGCCAAUAUGAGCGUUGAAGUGCCCCAGUAGAAAGAGGGAAUCACCCGAGGGAGCACUCUCAAGUACUCCCUCGAGUGAAUCCAAAAAGCGUGGGUACUCUGAGCUGCUGUUUGGCGCGUAAGCGCAAACAACAGU